AUAUGCAGCUUUUUUCAAGGCUUCUUGAGCUAUGAUACUAGGCGUUUUGUCUUCCUCCUGCUGUCUGGGAAUAAUUUGUAACAAGACAUGGCUGCAAUAUUGAGUGUUGAGUCCUGAAGGGAGCCAGUCAGCAAAUAAAAGUAUCAGAUGUAAAAUACCGAUGGGUGGAGAGUGGUGAUCCUAAACGCCUGGCAGGUCUUUGCCCUUCUGAUCGAUGUGUCACACAGCGAGGGGCUGUCAGCACCCCCCGCCACAGGCCGAACAACGGACAUCAGCACCGAUUCACCAAACCCCACUCCUCUUGUAGGAGGAGGAGGGGGAGGUGAGAGGGCAGAGGGAGGCCAAGAGGAGAGGCAAGUUGUCCGGGAACUGUGGUUCAUUGUAGUGAUGGCAGGCAUUGCCCUACUGCUGCUGGCCAUCGUGCUAGCUGUUGUGCUUCAUAAGGCCCUGAACAAACCCCCAUUCAGCAGAGAGAGACCUCCAUUGGUGGCCCUGCCCAUGCAGAAGAGGAGUCCCAUGGCUAUCUACCCACCCAGCAACUCUAUGUUGUUUGAUACUGUGCCUGACACAACAGGCUUCUCCAACAGUGUAACGCUCAAGGGCUUCACCAUGAAGAUGGAGGAAGUGCUGGAAGCUAAAUGUGAGCCUGCUGAUGAGGAUCCUCCACAGGGUGAGUUGGGCAUCCUCAGUGUGAACUCCCUGAGGCGCAGCGUCAGCCAGGUGAUGGAUGGGAAGUCACUCACUGGAGACGAUGACGUGUGGGACCCCAACAUUUCAGGCCAUGACAGUGGGAUGUUUAUGGAUGAUGAAGAAUUUGUAGAUACAAUCAAAGGUUUCAGCACUGUGAGGAAGGAGCACACCAUGUUCACCGAUACUAACCUGUGACCCAGCGGCAGGGACAGCAACAUCCUGAACAAGACUCUUAAAAUGCUUAAAUCCACCCUUUUUUCAUGUUCAGCUAAAGCGUCAUAGCAGCUGGCUAACAGUUCUCUCAAGAUGAGCCACAGCUGCAGUAAAGAGGGGAAAAAAAAAAAGUAAGAGGAGCCCGAUGGGAUUCACGACAAGAACACUGGAAUAACUCUGUGAAGGAAGGAGAAGGGAAAUGUUCUGACAUUCAAACAUUACAAAGCGGAAGGUGGAAGCAGCUGCUUGUGUGGAAGGAAAACUAGGGCGCGUCUGACAUCACCACUGGACACACAGAAUUUGUGUGUUUUCUCAUUUAUAUCAAAGCUUUCCUGCCAUUUUCUGCUGUAAAACCUUUGAAGUCAUGCUGUAUUCGGAUGCUCCGUUAAAAAAAUCUCUUAUUUAAACCUUGGCAUGUUCAUUCAGCUUUUUAUGUCAGUUUUUCCCAUAUUUAUAUAUCAUAAACAUAUCUCAAAUUUUUUUAAUGAACUUUAGCACUUCCAAAGAUGAAGUAGAGGAAAAAAUAUCUGGAGUCAUUAAGAGAAGCAUUACACUAUAAGAAGGUUUUUCCUUCCUGGGUUCAUUAGUUACUAUUAAUUCUUAGGUAUUAUUAAUCUCUGGCUCUCUCCCAGAGUGAGUCUUUUGUUGUGCCUCCCUCCCCUGACCCCCAAACUGGUCAUGGCUGAUGGCUGCCCCUGGCUGGUUCUACUGGAGAUGUCUUUCUGUUAAAGGGGAGUUUUUU